AUGGAGAUCAUCCAGAUAGCCAUCCGAGGCCUGCAGCUCCUUUGGAUCAUCAUCCUGACCGCCCUCCUCGGGAACGUCAUCGCGACCAGUAAUAAUGGCUCCUUCGUCUCCGCCGCCGCCGUCAACUUCUCCAUGUUCGUCACCGUCUUGGGCUGGCUAGUGACCCUCUACGGGCUGGCCGUCGCCUUUGUGGAGUCGCUCGCCGUCCCCAUCGUCGUGAUGGCCACAGACGCCCUGGUCGUGCUAUUCACCCUCAUUGACGCCAUCGUGUUGGCCGCGCUGCUGGGCGUGCCCAACUGCGGCAAGGAGGACAACGAGAAGAAGUGCCGCGAGCUGCAGGCCAGCACGGUCUUCAUGUGGUUCCUUUUCGGCACCUUUGCCGCCUCCCUAGCUUUCGCCCUUCUGGGCUACCGGAGGGGCGGCGGCUCAGUCAGGUCGGGCGGCCCUCACAUGGCACAGGUUAGGGUCUAA